CUUGCCUCGUAACUCUGUGUCGAGCAUUGAGAGCAAUGAUGAGGCGUCUGUUAGCGAGGUGGAGGGUGUGAGGAGAGAGUUGAGGUAGGUAUGGGCGGGAAGGGAGGAGGUUAUUGGCGAAAGGGUGGUUGUUGUAGAUGCGCUUGGGGUCAUGGUUGGGGAUUCGCUGACUGACGAUGUGAUCUUGGAGUAUCAAUUGUCGUUUACUUGGACUGUCGACGUCUCGUACGCACCUGGCUGCAUGAUUCCGCAUGCCCGUACAACCUCCUCGAAAUCCUCACAAAACAUCAAACAUCCUCAAGCGAUGUCAAGCUACGUCCCAACAUCAAUCGACCAAACCUCUGACCGCCCCAAAAAGAAACGCGCAACCUCCCCCACCUCCCUCCAACGCGAAUCCCUCUCCCGCCUCCUCAACCGCGACCCUCUUAAACCCCUCCACAUCCCCCCACCUCCCUCCACCACAUCCACAUCUCCCGCCCCACCCCCAGAAUUCGUAACACACGUUCAAGGUUCCAGCGCAGGUGCAGGCUCAGGCGAAUUCCAUGUCUAUAAAGCCGCGCGGAGAAGGGAGUAUGAUCGGCUUGCGGCGAUGGAUGCGGAGAGUGUGAGGGAGCGGGAGAUGAGCGAGUUUGAGGCGAGGAGGGAGGGGUUCAGGAGGGAGGAUGAGGAGAAGACUGCGAAGAAUCGGGCGAGGAGGAUGAAGAAGAAGAAGGUGAGAGGGAAGGGAGAUAAGAUGGAGGAGGAGGAGGGAGUGAAUGCGGCCCAGAAUGGGGCGCGACCGGAAUCUAGUGGUGGUACGGACCCGGAUGGAAAUGGUGUCAAGGCUGAUGUGAAGGUAGUGAAGUCCAAGGGUUUGCUGAUUCAUGACGACGAUUGAGAAGGAUGAGGAAGGUUGCGUGCCCCCCCCCCC